AUGGCAGAGCAUCUCGGCCAAAGCGCAUCAGCAGAUCCCGCCAACACAAGCUCCAUGCGCGCCCACCAAAGCAAGACGCUCGAAGAAGUCCGCGAAGCACUCCACCAGAACAAGGCAUCGCAGCAACGGCAUCAACAGCGGCUAAAAAGCCUCGCGGACGAGCUCGCACGCAUCUUGGCGGCGGAAGACCAACUCCGAAAAGACAGGGACGAAUUUGAAGAGCGAAAGCGAUUCCACCAGCAGAUACGAUCAAUUCUCGAGACCGCUUUCCUAGUCCCAAUGGAACAGCGGGCCAUUCCUCACGAAGGUCUCCUUCGGCAGGAGAGCGAGUUGGAUGGGAGAAGGAGGGAGCUGGAUCGAGAAGGGGGACUCGCGCUGGACAGUGAGGAAUUGUUGUCUCUGAAAGGAGAGAUAUUGGAUGGGGAGAAGAGGGAGUUGGUUGCGGAAGAGAGGAAGUUGGUUGCUGCGGAGAAGGGGCGUCUAAUUGAGGGUUCAGACGAGACGGAGACUUGA